AUGUCAAUGAGAUCGGUCACAAUCCAUCAGUCUAGAUGUCGAUCAGAUUCGACCAAGCAAAAAUUUCACAGCGUGACAUUCAGCUCAGAGGCCACUCAGCUUGAGAGACCGGCAAUGUCACGACUGCCCACUGCACGAUUGAUCAGGUCACUGAUCCUUACUUCGCUCAUGUCAUCGAAGCUUUUCCUGAGGCCAGCACUCGGCCUCUUGAAGCUGGUCACUCAUUCCAAGUCUGGUGUCUUUGAUCCUGAUCGAAAUUGGAUCCUCAAUAAGUUCUUACGCUGGACUGUCUAUGAUCAUUUCUGCGCAGGCACCAAUCGGAAUGAAGUCGCGAAGACGAUUGCGCGCGUUAAAUCCAUGGGCUUCCAAGGCGUUAUACUAGGAUAUUCAAAAGAGAUCGUGAUUGAUCCUGAUAUUCCGACAUCAACUCACGAUAUCAAUCUUGCUCUUCACAGCAGCCAAGAUGAUCGUGCAAUCGAAGAAUGGAAGGACAAGACAUUGGAGACCUUGCGAAUGGUCGGCUCGGGUGACUUCUUGGCUAUGAAGUUAACCGGAGCCGGUCCACUCGCCGUCAGAUUGAUGAAAGAGCGACAGCCGAUGCCAACAAUCAUUGCAACAGCGGUCGAUGUGAUUUGCAAAGAAGCCCAGAAACAAGGGUCUCGACUUUGGCUCGACGCAGAGCAGCAAGUUCUCCAGCAUGGGCUUGAUGAUUGGGCAAUUGAAAUGAUGCGCAAGUAUAAUCGGUCACCUCAUCCGUUGGUAUACAAUACAAUCCAGGCAUACCUGAAAGGCUCAACGGCCAAUCUUGAUCGUCACCUUUUGUCGGCAACGCAGGAAGGGUGGUCUGUGGGAAUCAAGCUCGUUCGAGGUGCCUACAUUGAGCAUGAGACACGCUCGCUCAUUCACGAUUGCAAAGAAGACACUGAUCGUUCAUACGACUUUCUUGCCAAUCGAAUAUUAUGUCGAGUCAUGCCUGACCACGGCAACCAUCUUGCUUUUCCAGAUGCUGCCCUCUUUUUGGCAACACAUAAUGCCGAAAGCGCUUCCAAGGCUAUUUCUGUUCACCGAAACUGUCUCAUGUCCGGCCAGCCUACUGUCUCACUCGAUUGUGGUCAAAUCCAGGGGAUGGCCGAUGAGCUUGGAUGCGAGCUGGCGCAGAACUACGAGCGUGCGUGCAGACAGGACAGAGACGGCGAUGUGACUUUCCCGAAGACUUUCAAAUGUAUGGCCUGGGGCUCGGUAGGUGAGUGCUUACAAUAUCUACACCGGCGAGCCAUUGAGAACAAGGGCGCUGUCGAGAGGACGGAGCAUAUGCUCCAGGCAUUACGAAAGGAGCUACGACGGAGAUUGUUAGGCUUCUGA